UCACUUGCCAAACAGGAAAAAAAAUUGAAACGAAAAAAUAAAAUUUGGGAUUUUAUAGUCCUUUUAUUACGUACUGUCUCUUCCACUUGGCUCUACACUUCAUUUCAGUUCCAAAACAGAACGGAAAAUGAAAUUUUCUCGUUAGCUCUGUCAUUUUCCUCCCUUAACUAUUAUUGCUGCUGCUAGUUUCUUGUCAAACUCCGCCGUGUAAUUUUUCUCUGUAAAACUUUGCUCCUCUUGAUCGGUGGUUGAUUGUAAUGCGAUGAGAGCUUGUUUUUAAUUGCAUUUGAUUGAUUCUUAUCAAUAUGGAUUUAGCUUGUAGUAUUCAGCAACCUAAUGUUUUCCAUGGAACUGAGGUAACAGCUUAUAAUAGAUUGUCGAGUCGGUUAUAUUCUAGGUUAAGAUAUAGAAAUCCGAGUAUUGUUUUGAAAGAUAGGUCGUCCACGAAGAGAGGCAAAAGUUUUGCGUAUAAUAGUUGCUUGAAUUCGAGUCUGCUAUUGAGAGGAGGAUUUCAUAGCCAUUUGUCCAGUGCACAUUUGAAGAAUAGCUCAUCAUUUUGUGGUUUUAGUGAUGGUUUUGGUGUGUCAAAGGGACUUAAGUUGCAAUGUCAAGGUAAUGAUUCUUUAGCGUAUAUUGAUGGGAAUGAUCGAACUGUUGAGUUUGUUGAGAGUGCUGUGGGGUCAGAUGAUGGUGUGGAGUCGAGUAAUUUGGGGAAGAAUAAAGGGGAAUAUAAGGAAGAGGCGGAGAUGGAGACACCUAGCUCGGAUGAAUUGAUGGAGAAGGCAUUGAGAGAAUUAGAGGUUGCAAGGCUUAAUAGUACCAUGUUUGAGGAAAAGGCUCAAAGGAUAUCAGAAGCUGCAAUAGCCUUGAAAGACCAGGCAGCAAAUGCAUGGGAUAAUGUUAAUUCAACUCUUGAUACGAUUCAAGGGAUUGUGAAUGAGGAGGCUGUUGCCAAAGAGGCUGUCCAAAAUGCAAUAAUGGCCCUUUCUUUGGCUGAGGCCAGGCUUAGGGUGGCAGUAGAAUCUAUUGACAGUGCAAAAGGAGAGUCCAAUUCACCAGUUGGCUCUGGAGAGAGUGAUGUGGAAAAAGAUACGAGGGAAGAGGAUGAAGCACUUUCUGCUGCUCAAAAUGAUAUUAAGGAAUGCCAAAUGAAUCUGGCAAAUUGUGAGGUAGAGCUAAGGCGUUUGCAGAGUAAAAAAGAAGAAUUGCAGAAGGAGGUGGAUAAGUUGAAUGAGGUUGCAGAGAAAGCGCAGAUGGAUGCUUUGAAGGCCGAAGAGGAUGUUGCAAAUGUUAUGCUCUUAGCAGAGCAAGCAGUCGCUUUUGAGCUCGAGGCUACUAAACGAGUAAGUGAUGCAGAGAUUGCAGUACAGAGAGCACGAAAGCUUCUCUCUAGCUCUUCUGUUGAUAAGGAAACAGCCCAGGGGUAUGUAUCUGGGGAUGACUCUGUUAUCGAGGAGGAGAAGGGGAACGAAGGACAGAUUGCUGAUGAUAAAAUAAAUGGGCCAAUUGAGGCUGACCUUUUAGUUGGUGAUCUUUCAAUAGAGAGACUAUCUGAUAAAGACAGCCAGAGUUCUAAAGAGUUAUAUCACUCUGAUGACUCUGCUGAUCAUGAGAAUGGAAAGCCAAUUUUAGACUCUCUGAAGGAAGCUGAAGCCGAAACAGAAAAGUCAAAGAGCGGGGUUCAAUCUAAAAAGCAGGAAAUGCAAAAGGAUAUGACUAGAGAGAGUUCAGCUUCAUCCCUUAAUUCUCCGAAGGCGUCAUUGAAGAGAUCUUCACGAUUCUUUUCUGCAUCUUUCUUCUCUUUUGCUGAAGAUGGCACAGAGUUCACACCAGCAUCACUUUUCCAAGGUCUCGUAGAGUCAACAAGACAGCAACUGCCUAAAUUGAUCGUUGGGUUACUGUUACUCGGGGCAGGAGUUGCCUUCUACUCUAAUCGAGCAGAAAGGAGUACUUAUGUGCUUCAACAAACAGACACUGUCACCACCAGUAUUGAUGAAGUUUCCUCAAAUGCCAAGCCUUUGAUAAGACACAUACAGAAACUCCCCAAGAGAAUUAAAAAUCUACUUGCAAUGAUUCCUCAUCAAGAGGUGAAUGAGGAGGAGGCAUCUCUAUUUGAUGUGCUGUGGCUACUUCUUGCUAGUGUUAUAUUUGUGCCCAUAUUUCAAAAGAUUCCUGGAGGUAGUCCGGUCCUUGGAUACUUGGCUGCUGGCAUUUUGAUUGGCCCUUAUGGUCUCUCUAUUAUUCGUCAUGUGCAUGGGACAAAGGCAAUAGCUGAAUUUGGAGUUGUUUUCCUGCUAUUUAAUAUUGGCCUGGAGCUCUCUGUUGAAAGGCUUAGUUCCAUGAAGAAAUAUGUUUUUGGAUUGGGCACUGCUCAGGUCUUGGUGACUGCAGUGGCAGUUGGCUUGGGUGCUCAUUUUGUAUCUGGGUUGCCCGGCCCUGCUGCAAUUGUCAUUGGUAAUGGGCUUGCAUUGUCUUCCACUGCCGUUGUCCUGCAGGUGUUGCAAGAGCGAGGUGAGAGCACAUCGCGACAUGGACGUGCUACAUUUUCUGUCUUACUUUUCCAGGAUUUGGCUGUUGUGGUGUUGCUAAUACUCAUACCUCUUAUUUCUCCAAAUUCAUCCAAAGGAGGGGUUGGAUUUCAGGCGAUUGCUGAAGCUCUUGGGAUGGCUGCUGUUAAGGCAGCACUUGCCAUUACUGCUAUAAUUGCUGGUGGACGCUUGCUGCUUCGACCAAUUUAUAGACAAAUUGCAGAGAAUCAAAAUGCAGAGAUAUUCUCAGCAAACACACUUCUUGUUAUUCUAGGGACUAGUCUCCUUACAGCCAGGGCAGGACUUUCCAUGGCAUUGGGGGCAUUUCUGGCUGGUUUACUCCUUGCAGAAACUGAGUUUUCCUUGCAGGUUGAAUCGGAUAUUGCUCCAUAUCGUGGGCUUCUACUGGGUCUCUUCUUCAUGACGGUUGGAAUGUCUAUAGAUCCAAAGCUGCUUCUUUCAAAUUUUCCAGUCAUUAUGGGGACUUUAGGACUCUUGAUUGGUGGCAAGACUCUGUUGGUUGUUUUAGUAGGCAAACUUUUCGGUGUUUCAAUCAUAUCCGCAAUAAGGGUUGGUCUUCUUCUUGCUCCGGGUGGAGAAUUUGCGUUUGUGGCUUUCGGUGAAGCUGUUAAUCAGGGUAUAAUGACUCCACAGCUUUCGUCUUUGUUGUUCCUUGUGGUGGGGAUCUCAAUGGCCCUGACACCAUAUCUAGCUGCUGGAGGUCAGUUAAUUGCCUCACGGUUUGAGCAGCAUGACGUUCGAAGUUUGCUACCAGUUGAAAGUGAGACGGAUGAUUUACAGGAUCAUAUUAUAAUCUGCGGAUUUGGACGUGUUGGCCAGAUUAUUGCGCAGCUCCUCUCAGAACGGCUAAUUCCAUUCGUUGCUCUUGAUGUUAGGAGUGAAAGAGUGGCAAUUGGGCGUGCCCUUGACCUUCCGGUGUAUUUUGGAGAUGCUGGUAGUCGAGAGGUCCUUCAUAAAGUUGGUGCUGAAAGAGCAUGUGCUGCAGCAAUAACUUUGGAUUCUCCAGGUGCUAAUUAUAGAACAGUUUGGGCAUUAAGCAAGUAUUUUCCCAAUGUGAAGACCUUUGUCCGUGCUCAUGAUGUUGAUCAUGGCCUUAAUCUGGAAAAAGCAGGGGCUACAGCGGUUGUCCCUGAGACGUUAGAGCCAAGUUUACAGUUGGCAGCUGCUGUUCUUGCACAGGCUAAGUUGCCUAUGUCAGAGAUUGCAUCAACUAUAAACGAGUUUAGGUCCCGCCACUUAUCCGAGCUCACUGAGCUGUGCGAAGCUAGUGGAAGUUCCCUUGGCUACGGAUUUUCUCGUAUACCCAAACCUCAGCUUCCUGACCUUUCAGACGAAAACCAAGUUUCGGAGGGAACUCUAGCAAUAUGAAAACCUCCUAGACUCGUUAAUGAAAAGGUAUAUUUUUGGAAAAAAAAAAAAUGUAUAAUGCAAUUACGCAUAAUUGUACAGAAAUACACUGAAAGAGGCAAUAGCACACUCACCUUCACCAUAAAUCCAAGUAUGAAAGUUUUGGCAGACCUUGAUGUGAACAUAGGAAAGUGAAAACUUUCUGUUGUACCUUCAUGUUUUACUAGUUUAGGACUCUGGAAAUCACUCUGGAAGUUUGAGUUUUCCAACAUAAUUCAAUAUGCUCAAAAUUAUUUCAUGUAAUGCAUGCUUGUUCAUUGAGACUGAAAAGGAAUCUUUUUCGGCUCUUA